CAAUGAAAUCGGUUGCAAUAUGUUAAAUAUUAGAAACAUUAGCCCCGAACUAGAAAUAAAGGCCCGCGAUGAAAUCAAUGAAGUGCAAACACGCAUUACAGAAGAUAUUUCUCAAAUUCGUGAUUGGAUCAAAAAACAACCUCAUCUCACAGCAAGAAUUGAUGAUCAAUUUUUGUUGUCAUUCUUGAGAGGUUGUAAGUACAGCCUGGAAAAGACUAAAUCAAAAAUUGACUCAUAUUAUACAAUCAGAAGUCUUUCUCCAGAAAUAUUUCUAAAUAAACAAAUAAACGAGAAAACCAUGAACCUUUUUAAACUUGGACCCUUUCUUCCACUGCUAAAACCUUUAAGCACAGAUGGAUGUCGAAUACAUCUUGUUCGUUAUGGACACAUUGAUUUUGAUAUUUUCAGUGCUGAAGAUUUGAUGAAGAUCAAUGUUCGAAUUCUUGACAUUCAACUUUUCGAAGAUGAUAAUGUUUUUAUUGGCGGUAUUCAAUGUGUUGUGGAUAUGUCAUCAUUGUCAUUGAAAAAAAUUCUUAAAUUUGAUUUUGUAUUAAUCAAAAAAAUAACGAUAUUUUUUGAAAAAGCUGCUCCAUAUCGUAUUAAAGGAAUUCAUUUAAUUAAUUUUCCAAAGGAAUGUUUAUAUAUUAUCAACACUCUUUCAAGUAUAAUGCCGAAAAAAAUUAAAAAAAGGUUUAUCUUACAUUCCUCAUUGGAAUCACUUUAUGAAUAUAUUCCUAUGAAAAACCUUCCACAAGAGUAUGGAGGUGAAAAUGGAAAUUUGGAAGACACAAUAUUGUAUUGGGAAAAACUUUUUCUUCAAUAUGAGAAGUUUUUCGAACAAGAUUUGAAAUAUGGUGUAAAUGAAAAACUACGAGUUGGUCCGAUAGUUAGUUUGGAAAGUGUUUUUGGAUUGGAAGGAUCAUUUCGAAAACUCGAGGUUGACUAUAACUACAAAAAUGAAUGGUGUCUAAGGAACUGUACAAAAAUGGCGGCUAAAGUACGUUCAUUGAGUGCCGAACUUCAAGAAAUAGCCAUUUCCGAAUUAAAUGAAGAUGAGCAAAAAAUUGAAGACGAAAUAAACGCAAUUCAUCAUUUUGUAGCUGGACUACCAGGGAUGACGAAAUACCAAAUUUCAGAUCAAUUUAUCAUAAGCUUUCUUCGUUCCUGUAAAUUCAAUAAUCGUACUGUCAAGAAAAAACUACCAAAUUUUAUGACUAUGCGCAAGGUUUGCCCUGAUAUAUUUGCUAAUAGAAUGGUAAAUGAAGAAAUGAUUGAAAUUUUAAAAUCCAGUGUUCAUCUUCCACUGCCAAAUCCACUGGACACAAAUUCAUCACUUAUUCAAAUAUCAAAUUACGGAAAUCUAAAUCUUAAACAGUACAAUAUUUAUGAAGGAAUAAAGCUGCUCUUUAUGAUGUUGGAAAUAAGAUUCCUAGAAGAUGAUCACAGCUCUGUAGCUGGCUUCACGUUUAUCGAAGAUUUUUCACAUCUUUCCUUUAGUCACAUGAUAGCUAUGAACAUAGGAGUUCUAACGAAAAUAAUGGGCUACUUAAGAUCAGGAUUGCCAUAUCGUGUGAAAGGAAUUCAUAUUAUAAACGCACCUUGGUUUGUCAAUGGAAUAAUGGGACUGUUUCGUGAUAUAUUGCCUUUGAAAAUGAAAAGAAGAUUUUUCAUUCACAAAACACUUAACGAUCUCUAUGAACAUGUACCUCAAAAAUAUCUAUCCAAAGAAUAUGAUGGAGAAAACGGAUCGUCUGAAGAUAUACUCAAACUUUGGGAAACAAAACUGCUUAAAUACAAGAAUUACUUUCAAUAUGAUUUUCAGUUUGGCACUGAAGUAGAAACAAGUGAAAAAGAUGUUUAAUAAGAUACGUUUUUUUUUAAUUAAGAUCUCCAUAAACAAUAUUAUGCUAUUAGAACUGACGUAAAUUAGUUUUUGUUUCAUUUAAGAAAUAGUUUUUUUGUGCAGUAGUGUGAACACAUUUUUUAAUUUUUGUUUUUAGAAAUAAAAUACUUUUAGAAGAUGAAAUUAUUUUGACUAAAUUAUCAUUAUCAAUUUUAUACUAAGUUGGCACCAAAUAUUAUUUUUGAUUGUGAAAUACCAGCAUUACUCUAAAAAUUCAUAAUGGUAGCUUGAUUUAUGUUAUGUUUUAUAAUUUAAAGAUGUUCCGGAACACUUAACAAAAUAAUUGAUUUAAUUUCCUAAUUUUAAUGCAUUAAAUUUACUUUUUGAAAAACAAUAAUAAAUAAAUUGGAUCUACCGAAUAAGAAAAAAAUUAUGCCUGAAAUUCACACGUGGUGGAAGUGGAACCUUAAAAAAUCAUUUUUCUUGCAAAAAAAAAAUCGAAAAUAUCUACCUUUUUUAUUUUACGGUACUUUCUACACUGGUUUUCAAGUUUUUCAAUUUAAGACUUGUAGAACACUUACCGUUAUGUAUGAUAUAUCAAAUUAAAGGUAAUAUUAUCAGUACGCGUAUUAAAGUCAAAUAAAAUGUUUAUGUGCUCUUGAUCAAAAGAUAUUACGUGUUUAGAAAAAGGUAAUUUUUUUACAGUUAU